AUGUCGCUUGCUCCCAUCCCAGUGCCAGGAACAGACAGGCAGGCCUCUCCGAGCAUCACGCUGGGCUCCAACAAUCCCUUCCGCAACAGGGCCGCCUCUCCCUCCACGCCCAACUCGCUGCUCAGUCCCGGCUUGCGGCCGCAGAGACCGCUCUCUACCAACCCUUUCCUCGACGAGACCGAGUCCUUCUCGCCCUCGUCCCUCCCUUCGCCUGGCAUGGCCGACGCCUCUGACCUCUUCGAAAACCUCUCGCUGGAGGACAGGAAGAGACGCCCGCCCCCCCGGCCUGAGAACAUUCCACCUCUAUCUUCCUCCUCCCUCAACGCCGGCAGGCCCCUUCCGCAGCACCGCCGGCCCUCCAACCACGAGGCCUCGCGUUCGCGCUCGACAAAGACCGGCCAGCUCAUCGACGUCUUUGCAGAUCCCUCAGAGUCCACCCUCGUUGGCUCGUCCGCCGCCUCCCACUCUGCCGCUGCUGCCAGGCCCGAGAGACGGCCCCGUCGCAACUCAGACUCCUCCCUCAUGGAACGCCCAAAGCUGCUCGACCCGGAAGAGGACCGCAGGCGUCGCGAGCGUCGUCACAGAGAGCGUGAGGCCAGGCAUAGAGACGGCAAGUCCUCUCGCUCCAGGCGUGGAAACAACUACAAACUAGACAUCAUCGACAAGCUCGACGUCACCGGCAUCUACGGCCCUGGCUCAUUCCAUCAUGAUGGCCCGUUUGAUGCGUGCAACCCUCACCGCAACCGCAAGGGCUCUCGGGCUGCUCCCAUGCAGGCCUUCCCCAAGGACUCCCGCAACAUGGCCAUCGGCGGCGCCGGGCCAAACAACAACAAGCUAGACCUUAACCAGAUCCACGGCCGCGGCCAGGAAGGGUACUCUGACUUCUCGACCGGCAUCUCCAGCGGAUCUGCCAUCUCUUCCUCCGCCAUGAAGGCCGACGCAGCCGUCGCCUUCAACCCAACCAGCCAGAUCGAACAGGUCCACAGCGACAUCAGCAUGGGCCUGGGAACUUCCACCUUCCUCGAGGGCACUCCGGCCAGCCGUGCCGCCAUCCAGCGCAAGGAGUCAGAGUCAGACACCAUGCAGGCCGGCCUCCAGCGCAAGAAAUCUCUCGCCCAGAAGAUCCGUGGCAUCAACAACCGCAGCAUCAGCAGCGGCAGAGUCAUGUCUCCCGAGCCACUCCUCCACCGUCGCCCCUCAGAGGCCGCUGACAACCCGCCUCGCCAUGCGCCCCCUCCGCCGCCACCCCGUGCUACAAGCUCCCGCCGAGCAAACACAAACGACAAGAACCCAUUCUUCUCCAACAACACCAACAGUACCUCCAAUAAUAAUGGCUUUGGAAGCUCUAGCCAAGACUACGAUGAUGCAUACGACAUGAAGUCGGCCAGGAUCCAGAACCACAGGCUCGUCGACAGUGAUGAUGGAUAUGGAGGACGGCCCAGGGCCAUGAGCAGCCCCCGUGGCCGGCCAGAACGCAAAGAGAGCAGCGACGGCAUGACCAGCCCGACUGCAGAGGACCCCAAGCCUGCCUCGGGCUUCAUCAGUCGCGUCAAGAGCUUGAGGAAGCCCAGAGCCAGGUAG